AUGCUGCAUCAGACGGAUUCAGAGAUCAAGCCAUCGCGGUUUCUCAGCGCUACCGACGGUACAACAUCAGACGUCGUGACGCCAUCGGUGUGGUCAAUACUUCCAGACACAACGAAGGAUAUGCCAGCACCCACUGGUCUUGUCGCAAUCACAGAUCCCACAGCAGCAUUUACACAAAAUCCCUAUUAUAAUACUGGUUACGGUGCAGCUGGUUAUGGUGUUUAUGGUGGAACUACGGCCACUGCUUCGUACUAUCAACAGGUAGCAACCGGGCUUCGGGCUCAGAAUGCCUCAUUUCCCUAUGGAAUAAGUGCGGCAACGCCGUCAGCGUAUUACGGUAGUUCAUAUCCGACUACAUUCGACUACUCCGCUUACAAUCCACAAUACUAUAAUGGCAUGCGUGCCGGAUACUACGGUAAUGCACUUGCGGCCGGCGCCACGGCAUAUACGGGGUCGGCGCUUUCAUCGGACGCUUCAUCGGAACUCUCAGCGUUUUCACUGAAAUGUGACAAAAAAGGAGGGAAAACAGCAAAGAAAAAGAAGACUGGCUCGUGUUCUCCAAGCGACGCUCACUUUGCUAGGGUUUUCGUGUGGGAGCUGGAUGAUAUUUGCACCUUAUCUACAGCAUCCCUCAACAGUGUCGUCCACAAGGCUCCUCAGUAUUCACGAGCUGUUGCUUUGUUGCAAAACCUUGCCGCAAGGGUCGUCGCUCUGUCUUUCCCUGCCGAUCAACUUGAUGAAUCCGAACUGUGCAACGUUGAAGAUGCCGCAUUGGAAGAUAGCCUCAACGAUGGCGCUCUUGUUGAUGGACGGGGAGGCGUAGAGAUGAUGCGUCGCUUAGCCAGUAAAUAUCUCGCUCUUCGGCAGCUGUACCUUGAAUGCGCUCUCAAACCUGAAUCUCAGGGUUGCAAUUACACGUUGAUCGAGCGAUGUGGUAUGACGUCACAGAAAGAGGAAGUCAAUGAAGCAUCUCGACAAGUCGAGCUACUGUUUGGCAAUCGGACCGAGGCAGCCAAACGUUGUUUAGAGGUGGUCGCGCAAAGAACAGCGGUGUCAUCGGAAAAGUACGCGAACGUCGUCGUUUGUGCCGAACCGCUGGUGGCAGCUGUCGCUCAGCUGCUGUUGGCAGGACUUGCUCCAGCAGUACCCAUCGAAAACAUCUACAGUACUAGUAAAGCAGGAAGGGAGGCUGUACUGGAUCGGAUUCAGAACAGAUUUGGUAAAAAAUGUAGUUACGUGGUGAUCACCUCAAAUCCAGACACUAACAACGUGGCUCGAAAGGAGUCAAUCCCAGUAUGGCCAAUAGUCACGACGGAUGACUUCGAAAAAUUGUACACAGCGCAAUCAAACUACCUUCUCGGCAGCAUUUGA